AUGUUUCAAUACGAUAAGAGUCGGAUCGAUACAAAGCGGCGUGCUGGCCUUGAUUAUAAACGGAAACAAUUCGCUACCCCAACUUAUAAGCAGCAGGAAUAUGUUCACCGGCUUAACUUCUAUGAGAUCCCACCGACCGCUGAAAUCACUCUUGAACAAUUCGAACAAUGGGCGAUCGAUCGCCUGAGAAUUCUUUCGGAGCUGGAAGCAUGCUCCUAUCGAAACAAGACUCCAGCAGAAACCGCCGCACAUAUCACGCCUCUUCUCCAAAAGUUCCUCCCUCUCCAUUCAAACACAGCUUCUAGCUCGGGUGUAGACCAAAGGCUGAAAGAUGAGAGACAAAAAGAUCACUACUCCCAUUUUAUACUGCGUCUGGCUUUUUCAUCGACCGAGGACCUGAGACGACGAUUCGUUCGGCUUGAGGCAAUGCUUUUCAAGUUUCGCUUCCAGCAAGAUGACUCGAAGGAGCGCCGGGCCUUUGUGGAAAGUCUCAACUUUGACUGGGAUAUACUCGCCGACGAAGAGAAGCAAGAAUUGGGAGAAAGCCUUCUCAAUGCAACUCCUGGGUUGAAACGGACUGAUGACGAAGGAUGGUUCAAGGUAGACUGGGAAAGGGUGCCGGAAUUGGUUGAACGCAAAGGAAUACUUGUCAAGAAGGGCAAGGCAUAUGUUCCGCUCCGGGAGCAACUAAGCAUGAUUCUUGCCGAAUUUAAUGCUAGGCUGGAAAAGGCGCUUGAGUUCACUAGUCGCGCUUUACCGCGCCUGGAUGAGGACGAUCGCCUCAUCCCGAUCCUUGACCACCUCUCGAAGAACUUUGGAACGUCGGAUACUUCAUACACCGAUGGCGAAGGUGCGGUUCCUGGAGCUGCGAUUAAUGCUGCUUCCGUCGACGCAUUAUCUCGUCACUUCCCUUUGUGCAUGCGAAACCUACAUAUGCAGUUACGGAAGAAUGCGCAUCUCAAACAUUUCGGCCGACUUCAAUACACGCUGUUCCUGAAAGGAAUCGGGCUAUCGCUUGAGGACUGUUUAAUAUUUUGGCGACAAUCCUUCAGAAACAUUAACGAUGAUGAGUUCAACUCAAAAUACAGGUAUAAUGUUCGACAUGCCUAUGGCGAUGUUGGGGGUGAUGCCAAUCGGCGAGGGAGAGGUUAUCCUCCAUAUUCGUGUCAAAAGAUCCUCACCGAUAAUGCUCCGGGCGCUGGGCAAACUCAUGGGUGCCCAUACCGUCACUUUUCAGUCGACAACCUGAUAUCACUACUUCAAGCUACCGGGGUGAACGAUAGGGAAACAUUACAAGGCGUUCGAGAAGAUGUGGCAAAAACGCGGUAUCAUAUUGCUUGCAAUCGUGUUUUCGAAUACGUGCACAAGGAUGACUUGAAAAAAGCGAAGGAUGAAGGGAUAAUGAAUCAAGCUGACCUUGACACGAUUGUCCAUCCCAACACAUAUUUCAAGCGAAGUUACCAGUUGAAAAAUCUGGGGAAGCUGUCGAAGGCAGAUGUGGAAAUGACAACAUAG